GGAUUUUUUUAAACCGUUUUGGAGGGAGGGGUGAGCGCGGCGUGGGGGGCGGCGAGAGCGCUCCAGGCUCGGGCGGCGCCUCCUGCUCCCGGCUCGCUCCUGCCUGCGCCGCCGACAUGAAGCUGCUGGGACACAGGUUCGAGCUGCUCACAGGGCUCCUGCUUCACGACGUGACCAUGUCGGGGCUCCAGGAGCUGCGAUUCCCCGAGGAGAAGCCGCUGCUUCGGAGCCUGGAAGCAGGCGAUCUGGAGCCCGUGGACACCUUUCUCGUGGCUGACGACACGGACUGGAAGGAACAUGACAUCGAAACGCCCUACGGCCUCCUGCACGUGGUGAUCCGGGGGUCCCCCAAGGGGAACCGCCCAGCCAUCCUCACCUACCACGACGUGGGCCUCAACCACAAACUGUGCUUCGACACCUUCUUCAACUCCGAGGACAUGCAGGAGAUCACCAAGCACUUCGUGGUGUGCCACGUGGACGCCCCUGGCCAGCAGGUGGGGGCGUCCCAGUUUCCUCAGGGGUACCAGUUCCCCUCCAUGGAGCAGCUGGCAGCCAUGCUCCCCAGCGUGGUCCAGCACUUUGGGUUCAAGUAUGUGAUCGGCAUCGGCGUGGGAGCUGGGGCUUACGUGCUGGCCCAGUUUGCGCUCAUCUUCCCCGACCUGGUGGAGGGGCUGGUGCUCAUCAACAUCGACCCCAACGGCAAGGGCUGGAUCGACUGGGCGGCCACCAAGCUCUCUGGCCUGACCAGUGCGCUCCCUGACACAGUGCUCGCCCACCUGUUCAGCCAGGAGGAGCUGGUGAACAACACGGAGCUGGUGCAGAGCUGCCGGCAGCAGAUGAGCAACGUCGUGAACCAGGCCAACCUGCAGCUCUUCUGGAACAUGUACAACAGCCGCAGGGACCUGGACAUCAACCGGCCUGGAACAGUGCCCAACGCUAAGACGCUGCGCUGCCCCGUGAUGCUGGUGGUUGGUGAUAACGCGCCGGCCGAGGACGGAGUGGUGGACUGCAACUCGAAGCUGGACCCCACCACCACGACCUUCCUGAAGAUGGCAGAUUCCGGGGGACUACCCCAGGUCACCCAGCCCGGCAAGCUGACCGAGGCCUUCAAAUACUUCCUGCAAGGCAUGGGCUACAUUGCGCACUUGAAGGACCGGAGGCUGAGUGGAGGCACAGUGCCCUCGGCCAGCAUGACCCGACUGGCACGUUCCCGCACCGCGUCCCUCACCAGCGCCGGCUCCGCGGAGGGCCGCCCGCAGCCCUGCACGCUGUCAGAGAGCAACGAGGGCCUGGGCCAGGUCAGCCACACCAUGGAGGUGUCGUGCUAAGCCCGGGCCCCCUCCCGGGACGCCCACCUGCCCGCCGCACCCACGUCCUCCCCCCGCCAUCCUUGCGCCCGCUCAUUUUCCGUUUAGUUUAUUUUUGUGAGGGCAAAGGGGAAGAAACGGGGUUACUUCUUUUUCUAAAAAAAAAAAAAAAUCGAAGAGCCGACAACAGCGAGGGGCUCCCUGUCAGCCGCUGCAGCAGAGUCUCCCGGCGGUCUGAGGGGCUCUGAGGGGCUCACUGCUCCCGCCGCCGCCACCGCCCUGGCAGAGCUCGCUCUCUGCAGGCUCGGGGCUGCCAGGGGGGAUGGUGGGGGGGGUGUCCGGAAGGAGGGGGGGUUGCUAUAAAGAGCCAGAGUCGUCUCCUGCCCGGGACUCGGGAUCAGAAUCUAGAUCAGAACCGGAGCAGCACGAUGCUGGGGAUGGAACCUGGGGGGUUCGAGAAGGUGGGUGCUGGGCGCGCAGGCUCAGGGCGCCCAGCUCGGACACUGGCCGGAGGGGAAGGGGGGAGCGGCGGGCACCGCUGGUUGUGUGUGGCAGUUGUGCGCAGGGCGCCAUGCGAGGCCACCACCCUGACCAGGGCUGAGUGGGGCUCCCGGGUGGUUGGUGCUGCAGGGACAGACAGACAGACCACGGAGGCGGAUGUGAGGCAGGAACCCCACAAACCUACACCUUUCCCCCUCGCACACCUGGUCCUUGACUGGGGGCCGAGGAAAGAUGAUGAGGAUUGCCUUGGGGGAGGUGAGGGGCGGGCAGCAGUCCAUGCUGAGUUCCUGGAGACCCCUUUUCGUGCCAGACUUCAUGGAGGACUCAAUAGCUGGGCCCAGGCUGCCCCCCCCACUGGAAGCAGGGUGGUUCUCUGGGGGGAGUUUGGUCAAAAUUCCACGUCACUCAGGAAAGCUCAGUGGAGAGAACCGGGCCGGGGCAGGGAGGACGGAGACGGAGGCCAUGACUGGCUGCGGCGGGAGGGGCCGGUUCCUGGCAGAUGAGGAAUGUUCCCCGCCACAUGCAGCACCCGCUCCUGCCCAGGUGGGUCCGGAGCCUUCUGCGCCCCCCCCACCCCUCAUCAGUUCAAAUCUCCUGGCCCCCAAAUGAGAAGCCAUUUUGUCUCGGAGCCAAAAUCAAUUGCUGCCAAGUCGAAAAACAAGUGCAAAGGGGAGAGAGCACUGGAGCCUACAGGGCUGUGGAGGGGCGGGAGACGGGGUUCAGCUGUACCGGCAUCCCCUCUGCACACCUCACCCCUUCAGUUAUCUAAGCCAUGACUAGACUGCCCUAGAGCCCGGUGGUGUCAGUCCGUCCCCAGUUCUAGUCACUCACGUGCUUCCUUUGAAUAUUGAAUGUGACUGUUUGAAAAGCUGGUAGAUUAAUCCCACUUACUGUAGAUAGUGCUGCCAAUCUUUUUCCCCCUGUGUUCUUUGAUGAGAUCACUAUCAAUAUCUAUACAGUAUAUAUCUGUGUGUAUCGGGUCCUGCUGUGUGCGGUUUUCCAUCCGAGGGCAUCUCUCUCGUCAGAGUGAACUUUUAUGGAGUUUCUUAUUUUCCUCUCUGUACAAAGUGAAGCGCCUAAUUUUGUGUAUUCUUGUGGCUGAUGUCAUGAGACUUUGAGAUGACAAAAUGUAAAACAAAUAAAAGCCCUUGUCAAUGUAGAAAGUUAACUUCGCUGAAAAGCUAAUAAAGAAAUUAAGAACU